CGUGAAAAGGUUUAAGUUAACGUAUCAAAAGGACAGCCACACAAAACAAUGGAGUACCAAUCCUUCUUCCUCGUAGUAUCUUGUCUUUUACCAUUGAUCAUGUACGCCUUCAUUAUUUCCAGCCGGCGCAACUCCCGGUUACCUCCGGGACCAAAAGGUUUUCCUAUCAUCGGAAACCUCUUAGAAUUCGGUGACAAACCCCACCAAUCACUUGCCAUAUUAUCUAAACGUUAUGGUCCUUUAAUGUCACUUAAGCUCGCAAGCAAUACAACCGUAGUCAUUUCAUCUCCUGGUAUCACCAAAGAAUUCUUUAGCACACAUGAUGUAGCCUUCUUAAAUCGAUCAGCUCCUAAGGCUAUCCAACUUGGAGACUAUCAUAAAUACUCCAUAGUUUGGAUGGAGGCUGGAGAUCAAUGGCGAAAAUUGCGAAGAAUGACUAAAGAAUAUUUGUUUUGUGUGCAACAGCUAGAUGCUAGUGAACUCCUACGACGAGAGAAGGUACAAGAUCUUGUCAACCAUGUUAACCAAUGUUGUAUAGAGGAAAAGCCUCUGAACGUAGGUGCAUGUGCAUUCACAACAGCUCUUAACAUCCUUUCCAACUUCAUGUUUUCUGUGGAUCUUGCUCAAUAUGAUCCCAAAUCAACACAAGAAUUCCAAGGCUUGGUAUUGCAAGUGAUGCAAGCUGGCGCCAAGCCAGGUCUACUAGACCUUUUUCCGAUACUUCACUGGUUGGAUCCACUAGAGUUAAUAUGGCCGGAAAAUGCUUAUGCCAAGAAAAUGAUAACUAUUUUCGAUAAGAUCAUCAAUGACAGGUUGCAAAAUAGAUCAAAUGGUGUUUCAACCAAAAACGAUGAUGUUUUAGACUUGCUACUAAACCAACAAUCGAGUUUUACUCAAAAUGAUAUGAGACACUUAUUUUUGACACUAUUUGUGGCAGGAACGGACACCACAUCAAGCACGUUGGAAUGGGCGAUGUCGGAGCUAAUUCGAAACCCAGAGAAAAUGAAAAUAGCGAGGUUGGAGGUCGAUAAACUCAUGCAAAACAACAACAAUGGAAGCAUACAAGAAUCUGAUAUCUCUCAACUCACUUACCUACAAGCUGUGAUUAAGGAAACUCUGAGACUUCAUCCUCCUGCCCCUUUUCUUAUCCCUCGCCAAGCCAUGAAUGACGUUGCUAUUCAAGGUUUCAUUGUGCCUAAAAAUGCACAAAUUUUGUGUAACGUUUGGGCUAUGGGCCGAGACCCAAACAUAUGGUCAGACCCAUAAAUGUUCAUGCCGGAGAGGUUUUUGGACGUGAAGAUUGACUAUAAAGGCCAAGAUUUUGAGCUUAUUCCAUUUGGUGCAGGAAGGAGGAUGUGUCCAGGAUUGAAUCUUGCUAAUAGGAUGUUACAUAUAAUAUUGGGAUCUUUGAUUCAUAAGUUUGAUUGGAAGGUUGUGGGAAAUAAGAGACCACAAGAUAUUGAUAUGGGAGAAAAGUUUGGGAUCACAUUGCAAAAGGCUGAACCACUCAUGGCUAUACCUAUGAAACUCUGAUCGAAGUUGUUUUCUUAAAUAAAUGCCGAAAAGCAUUUUUUGUUGUACUUUGACUUUAUUUGAAACUUGUACUUAUUUCUCAUAUUUUGGUUAGACAUAUGGUAUCAAAGGGAUUAACAAAUCACACACA